ACGUGUCAAGUGUUCCUUUGCAAAAAGAGCAAUUUGUGAGCCCGAGCGAUGAGCCAAUCGGAGGGGGGCUGCAAAUAGCAACAGAUGACGUCAUCAGCAACGACGUGAUUGGCGCAGGUGACGCGCUAGGUUGUUGUAACGUCAAACUUCGUCCCCCUUGUCGUGCCAUGCGCAUUGAUGCUUGUUGUUGUGGCGGUGGAGCAGCUUGUUAUGGCUAGACGAGGCCUCGGACCUGACUGAGAGAGGCUUCCCCCCACCCCUUAGCCCACCCUCCUCCCCUCCUCUCCCUCGCCACCCUCAUGGAGGGCACGGACAUGGACGUGGACGCGGAGCUCAUGCAGAAGUUCAGCUGCAUGGGCACCACGGACAAGGACGUCCUCAUCACCGAGUUCCAGAGGCUGCUGGGCUUCCAGCUCAACCCCGCCGGCUGCGCCUUCUUCCUGGACAUGACCAACUGGAACCUCCAGGCUGCCAUCGGCGCUUAUUACGACUUUGAGAGUCCCAGCGUUAACACGCCCGCCAUGUCCUUCGUUGAAGACGUGACCAUCGGAGAAGGCGAAUCUGUCCCGCCGGACACGCCCUUCACCAAAACCUGGAGGAUACAGAACUCAGGCGCCGAGUCGUGGCCGGCAGGCGUGUGUCUCAAGUACAUCGGCGGCGACCAGUUCGGUCACGUCAACACGGUGAUGGUGAAGUGUCUGGAGCCACGACAAGUGGCCGAUGUCAGCGUGCAGAUGAGGAGUCCGGCAUCGCCCGGCAUGUAUCAAGGCCAGUGGAGGAUGUGCACUGCCGCCGGCUUGUUCUACGGAGAUGUGAUUUGGGUGAUCCUGAGCGUAGAGGUGGGCGGCCUCCUGGGCGUCACGCAGCAGCUGUCGUCCUUCGAGACAGAGUUCAACACGCAGCCCCAGCGCGACGUGCAGGACGACUUCAACCCCUUCGCCUCGCCGCACAAAAACAAACGAGACGCUGACGGAGACGACGCACCGUCGCAAAAUGCGGACAGGCCGCUGGAUGGACCGCGGGCCAAUCUGACGCCAGUGACGCGUGGGCAGGGUGUUGAAGGACCUCAUCCAUUCGGACAGAGCUAGAGCACCUCCCAGCUAACGGAGCCUGAAACGGGCACGCGGAGGAACUGUUGUUUUCCGACAACUCUCCACUAUGCCCCACUUGCACGCGGACGGCGGUAGCGGCGGCCCGAUGUCCCGCCCUCACGUGCGAACGCUUCUUUCAGAUUGAAUUUUUUUAUUCUUUUUUUUUUUUUUUUCUCCUCCCCAUCCGGAUCACCCGCCGUCACCCGGCCUUAAAAAGUUCGCACGCUCACUCUGAUUCCCCCUUCACGCGUACGGCGGGAACAAUGCAGGCGACGUCACGGGACAAUGCGCGAGAGCGGGCGUGCACGUUUUUAGGGUGGCCGCUGAAAAGUGCGCAGAACGCGUGGAGGGAUUUAAAAAAAAAAAAAAAAAAAAGGUUAUUUUGCUUGGUGAGUGGUUGUAUUUUUCCACGUUUUAGUUGUGUUUGAGUGCGUGCGUGAAUCGGAAUCGACCCGAGACUUGCUCAUAAUCAUCCACGUUAUUUAUUUGUACUCUUGGUCAGCAGGUGGUGCUAGAAAUCAAAAUUAAAUCUCUAAAAGUGUGACGCUGAUUUCGCUUGGAGGGAGAAUUCAUUCAGCACUGAUGUUCUGUUACUGCUGUUUGCACAAAUAUGAUUCCUGAUGGCUAAAGUUGAAUUUUUUUUUUUUAAAUCAUUGGCUGCCUUCGACGGCAGUAGACGUCCGAUCCAUUUCGACCGGGAGGCCAGAUCGAAAUGGAUCGGAUGUCUACCGCCAUAGAUGACAGUGGUGAUUAUUGUUUUCGGGAUGUUUCUUUGUUGUUCACAGCUUUAAGGAGUUUUCUCACGCUCCAAAUGGUCCUCAAGAAAAGCGAUUUAUCAUCAUUACACAUCUGGAAGUGUAUUUUGGAAUGGAAAAUAAAAUGGAAAAAGGUGGCAUGCCGUAGUGACA